AGAAGAACCGCUAAUUUUAGUUAUGCGGUUGUCCGGCUGGGUUGAAAUGGGGGUUUGUCACUGUAGAGGGUGUUAGUUAGUUGCAAUGGAGUCGGCGGCGGCCAUGGAGGAGGCCCUGUCCUCCUCGGCGGCGAUGGCGGCGGCGCCGCCCAGCGAUGGCGCAGCAGCACCCAUCCCAGCGGCCGCCCCACAAUCCCAGCUGGUAAUGGAUCAGAAUCCCAGCGCUCCAGCUCCGAGCGUGGACAGGAUCAAGGGGCCGUGGUCGCCCGAGGAGGACGCGGUGCUGAGCCGCCUGGUGGAGAAAUUUGGGGCGCGGAAUUGGAGCUCCAUCGCGCGCGGCAUUCCGGGCCGGUCGGGAAAAUCGUGCCGCCUGCGCUGGUGCAAUCAGCUCAAUCCUGUUGUCAAGAGAAAACCCUUCACUGAGGAGGAGGAUCGCGCCAUUGUCAAGGCACACGCUAUCCAUGGCAACAAGUGGGCGUCCAUUGCCAGAAUGCUGCCCGGGAGGACGGACAACGCCAUAAAAAACCACUGGAACUCGACUCUACGUCGAAAGUACGCGCUCGAGGAGCUGGGGCGGCGUCCCACCACCAUCUACGACGCGAGAUCAUCCAAACUCACCACUGCUGAUUCCGCCGCGGCGCUCGACAAGAUCAAGGCCAGCUGCAAGGUGAUCACCACCGCCGCCUCGUCGCUGGCUCUGGACGUAACUCCGGCAAACCGAGCGGCGAGAUCAUCGGUGUCGGUGGCUCCAGCGCCGCCACCUCCGCCGCCACCUCCCGCAGCAGCAGUGAAGAAACCGAUCGUUUACAAGGUGGUGAACCCCGAGUCGCGAGAGCGAGGAGGAGGAGGAGGGAUCACUUCCAGCGCCAAUGCUGCCACCUCCUCGGCUAUGGAAAGUCUGGAAAGCAUGCAAACCGGAGUUGCUGCGGCGUUCCAGGGACCCCCAUCGGUCUUGAAGCCGGUUCCUCGCUCCGCCAGCGCCUUCAGCUGCUACAAAGCGGUGGAUCCGACUGGAUUCAACUCGAGCUCUAACGCAAACUUUACCAGAGGCGAGUUUCCUCACGGUGGACUCUCUUACAACAUUUCGCGUUUUGCCAGCCCGUUGUGGGGACUUACCGGACCCGAGGUGCCGACGCAGUGUGGUCGGGGGUGCUGUCCGCAGCCUCCCGGCGAGAAGAGGCUCCCUCCUCCAAAGUCGCCGAGCUUUCUAGGCCCGGAUUACUUUGACACGGUGGACGAUCAUACGUUUCUAAGCGACGAGGCCGACGACAAAGAGAACAAGGUGGUGGACGUUGGCGGCUCAAAGUCCGACGCGCUCGCCAUCGCCAUCAACACAGCGGUUAGAAAACUCAUGCUGCCAGUUUUCCAAGCGCAGUGUAGGCCACCCUGAAGAUUUGCCAGAGUUUUUUCUUUCCUUUCUGGAGUUCUAUCUUUUUCUUCUUUCAGUCUGCUGCUUCUUCUCCCUCCAUUAUUUAUGAUCUCCGGUUUUUUCAUACAGAGAUUUCCAGGCAAUACUGUAUUGCUCGCAAACAUUAAAGCUGUGGGUGAGCGCUGCAGCCUUGCUUCCUAGUGGUGGCAGCAAAAUGUAAUCUUUGCUUCUUCCUCUUCUUUAGAGAAUUUUUUUUUUAAUUGGUCUGCUCUGCUCAGUCUCUCAGGCUUAUUGAGAUCGGGUGUCCGACUGUUCAAUCGCCUAGCAAGGAAAAAAUUAUAGUUUCUCUCA